GUGUUCAUCGAAAACCUAGUUAGUGCUCUUUCUGUCUUUGUCUUGGCUCUGUUCUCUCUCCAUAGCUCUCCGCACCCUGCAGAUCUCGAUCUGCAACAAUGACUUCCAGAAAAUCCGACAACCCCCACUCUGGCGACGGCGCAAGUCCCGGGAAAAUCUUCAUCGGAGGGUUAGCCAAAGAAACCACCCUAGAAACGUUUGUGAAUUACUUCGAAAAGUAUGGCGAGAUAACGGACUCCGUUAUCAUGAAGGACCGUCAAACGGGUCGACCCAGGGGGUUCGGGUUCAUCACCUAUGCGGAUCCCUCCGUCGUUGACCAAGUCAUUCAGGAGAACCACAUCAUCAGCGGCAAGCAGGUUGAAAUCAAGAGGACCAUUCCCAAGGGUUCGUCGCAGGCUAAUGACUUCAAAACCAAGAAAAUCUUCGUCGGCGGUAUUCCAACAUCAGUAUCUGAAGAUGAGUUCAAGAACUUCUUCUCCAAGUAUGGGAAGGUGGUAGAGCAUGAGAUUAUACGGGACCACACCACAAAGCGAUCAAGGGGGUUCGGCUUUAUAGUAUUUGAUAGUGAAAAGGUUGUGGAUAAUAUUUUGGCAGAUGGGAACAUGAUUGAUAUGGCUGGUACUCAGGUUGAGAUCAAGAAGGCUGAACCAAAGAAAUCCUCAAACCCAGCUUCUCUUGCUCCGUUUGCUAGUGACUCUAGGGCACGUUCUUACAAUGAUGGAUUCAGUGGAUUUGGUGAUUCUUAUGGAAGUUUUGGCGGAAGUGGGUAUGGUCCUGGUUCUUAUAGGUCACUUGGUGGAGGGUUUGGGGGUAGGCUUGGUGAUUAUGGUGGGUAUGGGGCCGGAGAUGACUUUGGUGGUAGUUUUGGGGGCUAUGGUGGUGGUGGUGCUGGGGGCUAUGCUGGCUUUCGAGGAGAAUCAUCAUUUGGCUACUCUAGUCGCUACGGAUCGUACAUGGGUGGUCUUGGUACUGGUUAUGGCAACAGUGGGUUAAGUGCAUAUGGACGAGGUGUUGGGGGCUAUGGGAGCUAUGGUGGUCCAGGAACUGGUGGGGGCUAUGAAACAGGCCCGGCUGCUGGUUAUGGUGGAGCUGGAGGUGGUGGAGUGUAUCCCAGUAGGGGAAGCUAUGGUGGCAGUAGUCGUUACCAUCCAUACACAAGAUAGUUUGAUUACUAAGCUUUGCAGUAGAAUUUGCAUGCAGGUUUAAGCAUUUUCUAGACACAAAGCACUUACUGCAGGUGACCACUAUCUAGAAGUCAGAAGAGCCACUAGCAUGUCUGUUUAUCUAAUGCUUAGACAACCGAAGGUAGAAACAACAUCAGUCUAGAGCUUCCCGAGCAUCAUCAAUCUAGAGAUUCCCAUCAGUUAUCAGCCUAUACGAUUUUAGAUAGGCACAUUGUGCUUUUGUGAUAUUCAGAUGUUUGCAAGUUAGUCUGUCACAAUUCUGGAUAUAAUAUUUAGUUAGAAUCGUGGUGGAGUUGUGUGAUUGUGUAUUAUUGUAGGUCAUACUAGAAAUUUGUUUGAAAGAGUACUUGUUCUCCAUCUUUCCUUAAGUUGUGUUUGGCUAGCGUUAAA